UUGUUGGGUUGAAAGUGUAUACAGCUGAUCUUGACAGCUCCGUAAAUAAAACUUAUUUCUGCAAAUCAAGAAACGCCUGAAGUUAAUCAACACAUAGAAUCGUUAAUUAAUUACAGACACAAGAAGAGUAUCAAGAACCAAUCAUGCUGAGCAGUGUAACUGGGUUCUUUUUUGGUGCUUCUGCUACCGAGGCAGACAGCAUAACCCCUGUUGACCUUAAAACUAAGGAUAACAAUGAAGGAUGGGUGAUCGUAGAUGUUAAUGAUGAAUCAAAGUCACCCCAACAACCACAACAACCGCCAUUAUGUGUUGCUACAAGUGAGGGGGACCAACAUAUGUCCGAUGUGACGGAGGGGGAUAGCAGCUGUCCGUCCGAAACAGAAACAGACUUUUCUAACUCGCAUCCAACUUCUUCUCCGGAAUCCCUCAGUCCGAGCAGCCAGGCACAUUUUAAAUAUCGUACGAAAGGCGAUUCCGGUGAGAGCUGGAUCAUAACGCCACCCCCUUGUUUCUCGUUUUCCCGUAGGAGAAAUUCUACUGUUGGUGACCAUCCAUUGGAAAAUUUAUUAAUAGAACAUCCUAGUAUGUCUGUUUAUGAUUCUAAUAUCUGUGAUAGUACUGUUAGUGAAAUUAGCAUGCAUUCUGUGUCUUCAGAAUCAGAGGAUGAAGAACCAGUAGCGAGCCGAACCCGGCAACAAAGUCAACAAGAGCAGCCCCAACAAGUCGUCGUCGUCCCCCACCAUCGUCAACCCCAGCUAGUGACACCCUCAGCUGGUGUCAACAUCCAAGUACAGGCAGUUAAAGCAAUCAGGCAGCAACAACGUAGAAAUACCAAAAAAUAUAACAAAUCUAAUUUAGAACGUUCUAAUAAAUGCCGGGACUUUCAAGCAACCGGUAAGAAGCAACGUCAAAGAAAUAGAAACUUGUGCAAAAGUGGUGCUUUGAAUGCUCGUUACGGCCAGAGGUAAAAAAGGUCGAUCAUAGAACUAAAUUAUUUCAUCAUAAAUUAAGUUAAAAGAUCUUUCCCCCAUUUUAAAAUGAUCUGAGUUAAAUGAAGACAAAGAAAUUACAAGUAGAUUAAUAUUUAAAAUACCCUAAAGUUAUAAUUGUUAUUUAGAAUAGAGAAGUCGUAUUUAUUAUAAUUAUUGUUUUAAUCACAUAUUUCUCCUAUUUUCAUCUUUAUUUAACGUAAAAAUUGGAAUGAAUUAAGUAAUACAUUUUAAUUAAAUCGGGGAUCACUUGCCAGGAAUUUUGAACCAGUCUUCCCAUACUUUCUGUAGAAACAGUACUUCUGAAUUAACAGAACCAAAAAUGGAAAGUAAGUCCAGUGGUUUCCAAGUGUUUAAAAUUUAUUCAAAAGAGGGAUUGAUGCAUAUUAGCAGAAAAUAGAAUAAUUAAAAACUAUACACAAGCUUACUUGCUUCUUUAUUUAAUAAAUAGAGAAUAAAGUUUAUUCAACUUUAUUAUGUGUAUUUCGAAAAAUAAUCUUUCAUUUUUACUGUGCACCUAAUUAAAUCUAGCGGCUCAUGGUUUGGGUCUUGGGAAGCACUUGCUUUGUCAGUGUAAAUAUUUGAGAGACUGGUACAAGAUUUUCUGGCAAAGGGUCUAUGGGCUUCAGAUAUGGAUUUUUAAAAAUAACAUGCUUCUGUUUUAAGUACCUAAGCCAUUGGGUUUAUUAUUUAUAUGUCUAUUGAAGAAUAGUCCAAUAUUCAGUAGACAACAGAGGCAUAUUCUUUUUUAAAAAACAUAUUUAAAGACAUAACAGUAUUUCAUCCAUCAUGAUAAAAAUUUUAAGAAAAACAAAAAACUUUUUUAAGACCAUGGGAUAUAAUCGUGAGAUUUUAUUUCCUAUGGAAAAUUAGUUUAAAUAGAUGUAUUAGAAUUAUGUUUUCCAUUUAAAUGUUUGUUGAUAUUUUGAAAUUUUUUUUGUUUUUAAACUCAUUUGGAAGGUAGAUAUUAUGUGUACAUUUUAAAGUUAAAAAAAAAAAAAAUCUGUAAAUUUUUCCGAACUUGUUGUAAAAGUUUCCUUUCUUUUAUUUGUAAAUUUCACUGGUUGUUAUAACUUGUAUAUUUUUAAUUUUGCCACACAAAGUUUUUGCAGGAAUGAAAAAUACCAAAAAAAUGUUUAAAAAACGGCAAAAAAAUAUGCUUGUGGAAAAAAAAUGAAGAAAAUAUAGAAAUGAUAAAUAAAAAAAAUAAUUUUAUAAACUUUUAUAUAUAUCUGUAAUAGUUAUUUAUUGACAUUUCUCAUAUUGUACCUGCAGAUGGUUUUUGGAAAUUUAUCCCUUGCUAGUUGUAUAGCAAAUAUAUUUAUGUUCCUGGACUUGAUGGAAAUCUUGUGAAUUAGAGAUUUUUAUCCUGAAACUGAUAAUCAUUGCUAAUUUUUACAUUAUUCUGCAUUACAUAGUUUCUAAUACCAUAAAUAAGGUCGACUGUCCAACCUCGUGGGUUUUCUCCGGGUCCUCCGGUUUCCUCCCACUGCUAAAGACCCCUACGCGCAAGUGAAUUAUGGAAAUAAAAUUGAACCAUAUGUUAGUCCCUAAAUGACCUAGUUUGUGUCGAGUGGACGUUAAAAACCCAAUUUCUCUCUCUCACCAUAAAUAAGUAUAAAGCAUAUAGAACCUCUACACAUUUCAAAUUAGUUAGUCAUUAAUAUUAAUAAGAAUUUUGUAUUAGAAUGGUCUAGAUUAUCGUUGUUGCCAUUAUUAAAAUCUUUAAUAUUAUGUUUCAAAUUAGUUAGUCAUUAAUAUUAAUAAGAAUUUUGUAUUAGAAUGGUCUAGAUUAUCGUUGUUGCCAUUAUUAAAAUCUUUAAUAUUAUGUUUAGCUUGUUUGAGAUACGGAAGAGCUACUCACUAUAUCAAUUUGGCCAUGAUCUAAGUUUUUAAAUCAUAAUUUUUUUUUUGAAAGAAAAAAACUUUUAAGAUGGUAAAUUUAAACAAGAUAUGUACAGAUUGAUAUUGUGAGAGCUGUUUAAUAUCUCUACUUCAGCUGGAUAAAAACCUUAAUAAUUAAGUGCAAAUUAAUCAAUCUAAGUCAUUUGAAGUUGAGAUCAGUUGUGUGCACAACACUAUUAAACCUGAUGUCGCAGUAUUUCAGAUCCCUUCAUGAAGAAUUCGUAAAUUUAUACACACUUAAAUUCAGUAGAGCCAAUUCAAGUUUUUCGUGUGUGUAAUUAAUCUUAGAUAAUAUUUGCAAACAGAGAUCUGAUGUCUUGUGAAAAAUUCAAAUUGGUCCUGGGGAUACAGUUACUGUAGCUCUACUAACUGCUUAUAACUGAGUCCUCAUUAUCCCUGGAGAUGCCAUGUAGUUUUCAUGUAGCAUUUGACCGUCUUAAAAAUUAUCUUUUAAGUAUACAUGUAAAUUCCUAGGUGAAAUGCAAAUCAAAUCUCAGGUCCAAGCUAGGAGACUUUAAGAUUCUUAAUAAAAUCCCAGAGAAUCAGAUUCAAGUGUGAACUAAAAUUAAUAAUUGAUAAUUAAUCAUACUUUUUGGUUAGAAUGGGCACACAGCUGAUGAAAUUUGCAGUAACUUGACUUCUAGAGUCAGCAGAGUCAUAAACUUGUGGUUUUUCUACCUACCACUGUCAAUUUACAAUAACAAAUUAAAGGAUUGGCAGUUUCAAUCAAAUGAUAGGUUUCCACAAAUAUCCAAACUUCAAUGAUGAUCAUCACAAUUUGUAUGGAAUUAAACAGAAAGUUAUGAUUGUUCAAAGUUCAAACUCUAUUGUAUAUAAAUUUAGGAUAAUGGAUAUUUGUGGCAAUAUUUCUCUUGGUUGGUUACAGAUUGGUAGAAAUUGAUAGAUUUUUAAAAAUUAGGUAAUUUGUUCAUUAGCCCAGUUGAAUAAAUAUUGCUCUUCGAUUCUGAAAAAUCAGAUCAAGUCAGUGGGCUGGGUUGUUGUAAUUACUAUACUACCGGUGUUAUUUUAAAUUUUCCAGUUGUGAAUACAUUUAUGUGUAUUCGAAGCACUUUAAAUAAACCAAAUAAACUGACCUGGUUUUCAGAAUCAGUAACUUACUUACUCAACUGGCCAUUUUAGUCAAGUUAUUUUUACCAUUAAAUCAAAAAAUGAUUAUUGUUGAAAAUCAAAUCAAGUGACUUAACGAUACCGGUAACGAAAUAUCAAUUUGAAAUCAGUGGGCUAAUCCUUAAUGAAAAAUUGACCAUCUAAGUUUGGAAACUAUCAAAAGGAAUUUCCCAUGUCGCCGCCCCCUCCCCCAAAUCAUGUAAUCUCACAUAGAUCUACCUCUACUAUAAAAUAUCAAUUUGAUCAUCAUACACGCUUCUCUCUUACUGUCAUGGCAGUGUAUUUAACCUUGACCUUGUAAUUUCAAGAGAUUAUAGCAUACUGGCCAAGGGGUGUAAAUCAUUCUAUGCCUCAAAUGUUAAAAUGGCUCCAGCUCUUUUUUGGUGACUGUGUCAACAUAAAAUUAUAAAAAUGAAUGGUAUUUUAUAAUUGCAUAUUUUACCUUUUGCACACAAGCAACAAGUGAUUAAAAUUGACUAUUUCACAUUGCGCAUAUUUUAUAUUGGCAACAAGUGAGUAAAUUGCAUAUUUUAUCUUGCACGCUAGCAACAAAUUGCAUUUUUUUACCUUGUGCACCAGCAACAAGUUAUUCAAAUUUGAGUAAAAGCUUGAGUCACAUUAUAAAGAGAUUUUAUUGGCCUAGAUUAUAAAUAUAUAUUAUAUCCUCAUGUAUUCAUAUCUCAUUCACUUAUACUGACAUCUGUAUUUAAUUCAAAUCAUCAACACUCACUCUCUAUGUAUAAAAAAAACAAAACUCUCCUAAAUUAAUUAAUAUCAUACUAAAAAUAUGGCUUAAUUAAAACUUGUCUAAUUAAUGCUAUUAUUGCAAUUAAUUUUCUCCGUCCUCAGACAUUAUUAUGUAAAUUAAUUAACAAGCCUGCAACCAAGAGUUUGAGAAGAUUAAAAGCCUUGUAACUCAACUAUCAAUAUUAAACUUCUAUUUUGAUUAGUUUAUUGACGUAAAUUUUUAUAUAUUAAGCUAAGUGGUCAAAUACCCAUAUUCUUAACUUCUACCGUAAACACUAUGUAUAAUAUUCAUGUUAAUACUUUAAUUCAAAUUUGAGAUUGGGGAAAGCUUACUAUUUAAUCUUUUCAACUUUUCUUCAUCUUAGUAAAUCAUAGUUACUAUGGUGAAGAUUUACUGUUAUAAAAACUGAGUAUUAUUUCUGUUUCUUUUGGUGCUAAAUGAAACGUAACAGAUUUAAAAUAGUGUUUUGAUGAUAUUAUUGAACUUGAGAAAAUGUGUGCACGUUAAUUAAAAAGGAUGCCAUUUAAUUGUUGUUUAUUAUGUAUCUGAAAACUCUCUAUAAUUAUAUACUGAACAGACAAGAUUCCGUCUUGAAGUUGAUUGUAUUGAUUGUGAAAUACAAUAAUAAUUGAUUAUGGAAAACUAUACCAAAUACGCUUGCCCAUCUUGGUGAUUUCUUUUUGAGUUUAGUCCACUUAAUGAAGAAGUCACCAUAGAAAAGAUGACAUGCAUAUUUGUAUUUAUUUUUCAUAAUUAAUUUAAAUUUAAGUGUUGUUUUUUUUUAAAAAAGAAAAAAAAAUUAAUUGUACUGUGCUUUCUCUGCUUUCAACAGCUUAAAUGUAACAUAACUCUGUAGCUUGGUUGGUUUUAAAAAUAAAACAAAUCCGGGUUUUUUUUCUCGAACAUUUGAUUGUAAAUUUAAAAAAUGCUCAAUUUGAGUUGAGAUCUAAAUAGAUGAGUUUAUAUAUAUAUAUGACUGCCAUUGUCAGAAUAAUGAUUAUGUAAAAUUAAUUAUGCAUGGAUUUGAUCUACCUCGUUAGUGUCAUAAAAUUGUGAUAUAAUUGGUUAAGGGUGUUAAUUACAUUAAUUAAUCUGCUGUAUGUGCUUUUUACCAAGUUAAAAUAAUUGUAGAUUAUUUUUGCGGUACUAAAUGAACAAUUGUAGACUGGCAAACUUUCGUUAUUGAUAGGAGUUGCCUGAUUCAUUUGACAAAGAAAUAUGAUCUUCACUAAAUUAUCUAUUCCUGUUUUAUGGAUACAAAAUGCUAAUUUUUUAAAUUAUUAUUAGCCUAUUUUAAAUCUGUAUAAUGUACAAUUUUAUUUAUUUAUGAAACUCAUAAAAUAUUUAAAUUUUAACAUUGCUUGUAACAAUAUAUAUGCAGCCCUGUAACCAGAGAGAUUGAUUCAGCGAUAAUAAUCUCCCCUGUUUGGAAAUCCUUGUGUACUGUAGAAUUAAAGUUAAAAUAUAUAACAGAUUUGCUCCGUGGUAAUAUAUUUAUAGGAUACAUAUUGAUAACAAAGUGUAAGGUCUCUUCAUCUCUCACCCUGAUUUAAUGCUCAAAAUAUUCAAAAUGAAGAAACUUUGAAGAGAUUAAUGAUGACAACAAAGCUUGAAUUUCAAUAAUUUGUUGUGUUUUUCCUCAGAAAGAUUUACUUGAAUUAGUUGAAAGUAUAUAAAAAGAGUGGCUACCCCCUGGGACUAUAUCUUGCCGUUAAUGUCAUCCUAAAUGAAUUAGUUGAGCUGGCGAUCAAAGAGGCUCAGGGUCAGUGAGAGUUUGUCUUGGAUUAUCAAUUGAUUUAAUUUCAAAUUGUUUAAGUUACGAUUGAUUGUGUGUGACAAAGAAUUAAGAUUACACAUGCUUUUGGUUUCAUUUUAUGAAUUUGAGUGAUUCAGAAUUUGUUUUGAAGCCAAUUUAAAGGCUGGUCCUUAAAUUUGUAGAUGUUGAUACUAAGAUUGAAAAAUGAAAAUAUUGGUAACUAUUUGUUGUAUUAUAUAUAACUAUUAUUAAUUGUUGAAAUCACAGCAACAUGUCACAAAAUGAUGUUGAAAGAAUUAGUGGUCUGAAACCUUUAUUCACAAUAAUUUUACAGAAAUAAUGAAUUUUAUGCCAUUAUUAUAAGAACUCUGAUUUUUGUUUUAAAUUUUUAGGUUUUCUUUUAUCUUGAAUACAGAAUCAGAGAAAUUAUUCACAACAACUUAAAACUAAAAUAUUUUAAGAAUUCAUCCAUUUCAUUGGCCGAGAGCUAAUAUUUUUAUGACAAUAUUAAUCCUCAACCAAUGAUAUCGCUGCUUCCUUAAAAUAUCUUAGUUGUGAAUGAUAUUCCAGAUUAUAUGAUUCUAUCAAUGUUAAAUUUGUUGACGUGUUGCCGAGAAUAAAAUGGUUAUUUCCUGUAUUUGAUGAGACGUUUGACCCUCUUUAUCUUGUAUUUUUAUAAUACAAUGUAUAAAAGAUCAGCGUGAAGAAUGAAUGUUUUAGAUGAAUGGAUAGAAUAAAUAAUUUUUUCCUGCA